AUGUAUUUUGGUCAGUGUUCUCCAUCACAAUGCAUAUACACAAGGCAAAGUCGAUUGAAUUUGUUUUAUACUAUUACUCUCUUCGUUAGUCUUUAUGGUGGACUUACUAUUCUACUUCGCUUAGUUGCGUCAUAUGUCAUAGAGGUUUUAUUUAAAUCGAGACUUAAUUCAAACCGCGAAAAUGCAAAUACAUUCAAAGUGAUUCAAUUAGUAAAACAAUUAAAUUUAUUCAAAAAUAUCAAUGAUCGGACAGAAAAUAGCAUCCAAGAACAAAGAGUUAUCACCCGAGUUUAUUUAAUUUUAUUAUUUGUUUCAACAUGUGUUCUCUGUCUGUUUACAAUAUUAAACAAUGAAAUAGUGAUCAUCUCAGUACCAAAUCCUUCGUUCACAAAUUACAAUUCAUUAAAAAACACACAUUCAGUUGCAGUGCAAUGUCCAUGUUCAAAUAAAACAAUACCACAACAAACAUUUAUGUCAUUUUCUCCAACUUUUCAUCAAAUUUGCUCAAGUGUAUUCGUUAGUGACCUUUGGAUGAAUAUAUUACAGGGUCAAAAUAACAUUGGACUAAAUGAUUGGCGUAGACAAGCAUCUGCAGAAUUUCAAUUAUUAUCUGAUCUCUGUCAACUAACCAAUAAAACGAUUAAGUAUAGUAUUAAUAGAUUUCUUUCACAAGUCGUUAUUGUUUCUUCUGUAAUGGAUGAGAUUGAUUUUAAUGAACAAAUGAAUGCAAGUGUCAAUCAAUUUUAUCGAUCAACUUUGUACAACUUUGAUAUUCAAAAAGAUAUCAUGCGUCUUAUUCUGCAAGUUGAUCGAUUUUAUCUGGCUACAGUGCAUUGGGGUCAAAGCAUGGAAGCUCCUGAUUUAGUCGUAAAUACGGUAACAAACAAGACAAAUAAUUAUUCCACACAAUAUGUAUGUUAUACUUUUUCAACAAUGGGAUAA